CUAACGGAACCAACCACAGCGACUCGGGAGCGUGUGCUGUCGGACGGCGUCAUGUAGCGGGUCAUGUAGGCGCUAAUGUGACACACGGUUACUCACAAGACCGCGCAGUUAGCAUGAGAGCUAACGAGCCUCGAAAGAACAACGCAAGAUGCCCCCUAAAGCCAAGGCGGCAGGCAGAGGCAGAGCCCCUGCCAAGAGGAAACUGGCAGAGGAGUUUCCUCCUGGAGAAGUGCUGAAGGACACCAUGAAGAAGGAAUGGAAGCUGGGGGCUCCGAUCGGUCAGGGGGGCUUUGGGGUCAUAUACUUGGCCGAGGAAAAUUCUGCAAACCCCGUGGGUGCUGACGCUCGCUAUGUCAUCAAAGUGGAGCCUAUUGACAAUGGACCGCUUUUCUGCGAGCUCGCGUUUUACAUGAGAGCUGCCAAGCCGGAUCUCAUUCAGAGCUGGAUGAAGUCCAAGAAGCUGAAGAACCUGGGCGUGCCCCGGUACUGGGGCUCGGGUCGACAUGAGAGAGGGGGUCAAAGAUACAGGUUCAUGGUCAUCGACAGACUUGGCACAGACCUGCAGAAGAAGUUUGAGGAAUGCGGAAGGAGAUUUCCCAGAAAGCUGGUCCUGCAGCUUGGCCUUCGACUGCUGGAUACUCUGGAGUACAUCCACGAGCACGAGUACGUGCACGCUGAUGUGAAGGCGUCUAACCUCAUGUUGAGUCACAGCGAUCCCAACCAGGUUUACUUGGUAGAUUAUGGACUGGCCUAUAGGUACGCACCUGAAGGUCUGCCCAAGGAGUACAAGGAAGACCCCAAGAAAUGUCACGAUGGUACCAUCGAGUUCACAAGCAUCGACUGCCACAAAGGAGCAUCCGCGUCCAGGCGCAGCGACCUGGAGAUCCUGUCCUACUGCAUGGUUCAGUGGCUGUGUGGCCGGCUGCCCUGGGAGGACAAGUUGCAGGACCCGCUGUACGUCAGAGACGCCAAGAUCCGGUAUGUGAAACUGAGCACAGAGCCUGGGUGCUCCAGUCAGCAACACGUUGCCGUUUAUACAAUUCUACAGAGUCAAGAAAACAUAAGCGAGUUCAUGGCCAAGUGUUUCUCCUCUCAAGACAAACCAGAUGAGAUACAGCGGUUCAUGGAGGAGGUGAAGUCUCUGGGCUACACAGCCAAACCACCCUACGACAAGCUGCGCUCUAUCCUGCAGGCUGGACUGAAGACCAUCGGUCCUAAAGAGGACGGCAAGCUGGAGUUCACCUCUGCCAGUGGAGCAGCGGCGCCUCCCACCAAGAAGACGACCAAAAGAAAGAUGGCAGCGGAUAGAGCGGAGGAGAGCGAGGUGGAUUCGAGUCCCGUCAAGAAAAAGAGAGUCACAAAGAAGAACGACAGACCAAAGAAAAGUCCCCAAAAGACUCUGAAAUCCAGGAAGGUGCCCAGCAGUGACCCCAAAUCCAGACUUGUGGAAAUGGGAACCCAGACAUCACCUGGACUUGCCCAAAAAUCCAGAGGCAGACCCAAGAAAACGAGCACCUGAACAUCCACCUCACUCCUCCUCUCAGGCUUUUAUGUUGGAUUUACUUUGGGCUGUUACACUGUUACACUGUGCUAAUAGAUGCUGAUGUUUGAUUGCAUUGUAACAAUAAAGAGAUAACGACAUUGA